AUGAGCGAUCAAGAAGAGAUUAGCAAAGAGCUAGCCGCUCAGAAGCAGCGCAUGGACACGUUGAAGAAGUUCGUAACGAAUUACAGCAAAGAUGGAAAAAGCAUAAAAAACAAGGUUGAAUACUUCGAAAAGAGGUUACAACGAUUGCAAGAUUGGUGGGUCAGUUUUGACAAAGCCAAUCAUGAAUUGAUCGAGACGGGAAAAAAUAAAAAAGACGAGUAUUUUACCGACAAUCAUUUUGAAAAAGCAAAAACGGGGUAUCAAGACAUAAGGAGCAAAAUUCAGCAAGAUAUGGUGGAUUUUAAGCAGCAAACGGAAAAAAAUGCAGCAACAGGCUCUGGUGUUUCAGGCAACGCGACGCCAAUUAAACAGUGUGCAAAAACAACAACGAAAGAAAUUGAAUUUGUGGAUUUGUUGGCGGACGACGAUGACGAAAAUGAAAGCGUUGACGGUGAUAAUGCUGAUAAUGAUUUUCAAGAAGAGCUUCCACCAACAGUGGCAGUUAUGCUGUAUCAGAAAAAAGAGCUAUUCGACAUCUUUAAAAUGUUAAAUCGAAACGAAACGGUGUCUCAAGGAGUAGCCAACGCCCAAUUAGACCAGUUGAAAAUCAUCUGGUCUGAAUUCAGAGCAACAUAUCGACAAGUGAAAGUGUCUACGGAAAAAAAGUGGUGUGAUGGAAUUUCAUUCAACGAAAUACAACAGAAAUUCGUUACAUUGUGUGGAAAGUUAAACGAUACGAAAAAUAAUUCCAUGCAAAACGCGAACGUAAAGCUUCCGAAAGUAAAAUUGCCGGAGUUUGAUUGUGCAAGUGAAGCAGCGAAAAAAGUAAGCCAUCUGACACCAGAAGAGUCUAAUUACCAAGACGUGUAUAGCAUUCUGGAACGACAAUAUGGUAAUAAACGCGAGAAUGUCGGAAAGUUAAUCGAAAAAAUUCUUGAUAUUCCAUGUCAAAGCGCUGAGACGAGCAAUGGUUUGAAAAAUUUAUUUGACACAGCCAAUGAAUGUUUAAUGGCAAUAAAAAACUACAACGUAAACAUCAAAGAUUGGGAUCCGUUGAUCAUCCAUAUUUUAAAGAAAAAAUUGCACAAAUCUACGGUCAUCGACUACGAAUCCAAAUUAAACGACGUACGUGAACUGCAAACCUUGUCAUCAUUCUUACAAUAUGUGGAACAUCGUUUCAUGGCGUUGCUAUCGGCAGAAAAUAGCGGCCAGAAAAGUUUAGAAAAAACUGAAAAGUAUGAAAAAAAGAGUAAAAAGGUCUACGAAACUCCAUUUGGGUGCACAUACUGUAAUAAGCCUCAUUCGAUAUACAAGUGCUUCGAUUUCAAAAAGAAGAGCGUGAAAGAGAGAAGCGAAUGGGCGAAAAACGAAAAAGCGUGUGUAGUAUGUCUUCAAAUGCAUGAGAAAGGUCAGUGUUCAAGCAAAUAUAUGUGCAAGACGUGCGGAAAGAAACACAAUACUUUAUUGCACUUCGAAGCAAAAAAAGAAGCGAGGAACGAAACGCAAACAACACUGAUAGCUACGACGUCAAAUAAUGUAACAACGGCCAAUACGGAUGGCAAUUCAUCGCAAGUACAAGUUUUAUUAACAACGAAAAAUGAAGCAAAUUUAUUACCAGUGGCGUUCGUGAAUGUUUUGGCAAAAAAUGGUGAGAAAAUUUUAAUGAAAUCUAUAGUCGAUGGUUGCUCUCAAGGAGCGUUGAUGACGGAAAACGCCUUUCAAAAGCUGAAUCGAUGUGCAGAUAGAAUAAUUGCGGAUGUAGAAGGAGUAGCUGCCUGCACUCAAACGGCAAAGAAAAUAGCUCCAAUUACGGUACAACCGCAUUUCACUGACAAAUAUUCAUUAGACACUGAUGUAAUCAUUUUGAAAAAAAUAACGAAUCUUGCGUAUUUUAAAGACGAUUUGGCAAAUUAUGAUCAUUUACAAAAUUUAUUAUACGCCGAUCCAACGGUAAAUGACGACGGUGAAAUUGAUUUACUGUUGGGAGUGGCUGAAUUUUCUAAAAUUGUUAAGCACGGUUUGAUCAAGGGUGCCGAAGAUUCGCCAAUUGCAAUGAACUCUGAAUUAGGCUGGCUCAUCAUGGGUCCGCAAAGUAAAGAAGAACAUGUUGACGGCAUUGAGAGUGAGGACAAUGAGCCAGAAAUGUCUGAAGAAGAAAGAUAUUGCGAAGAGCAUUACGUAAAAAAUACAAAACGAGACGACGAUGGCCGAUUGAAUGUUUCAAUGGCAUUUAAAAAUGAAAAAUGGCCAGAGCUUGGCGAUUCGCGCAAAUCGGCUUUAGCGACUCUGUUCCAGUUAGAAAAAAGAUUCGAAAAAAACCAAGAAUUAAAGAAACAGUAUAGCGCCGUAGUGAAGGAAUCCAUUGAGAGUGGACAUUUAGUUGUGGUAGAAAAUCCGCCAAAUGAAGCGCAUUACAUUCCUCAUCACGCAGUGUUCAAGGAGAGCACAACCACAAAAUUGAGAUCAGUGUAUAAUGCGUCACAGAAAACUUCAAAUGGUAAAUCUUUAAAUGAACAGCUGGCAGUCGGAAAAAUUGUGCAACCGUCGAUCUUCGAAUUAAUGCUACGAUGGAGAGAAUCGAAAAUUGCAAUCGUCGCUGAUCUUGAAAAAAUGUACAAACAAAUCAGACUCAAUGAAAAGCAGCAACAUCUUCAGAUGAUUUUGUGGCGUAAUUCGGGCACUGAGCGCAUCAAAAGCUAUAAAAUGACAACAGUUACGUUUGGAUUAAAAAAUUCGUCAUUUCUCGCCAUAAGAUCAUUGCAUGAAAUUGCAAAAAUAAUCGAAAAUAAAUAUCCACGAGCAGCAAAAGCAAUAAUGAAAUGUUUUUACGUCGAUGAUUACACGGGCGGAGCAGAAUCUGUCGAAGAAGCAUUGUGCACGUAUCGAGAAAUGAAAAAGGCAUUUGAUGAAUUUGGCUUCAAUUUACGCAAAUUAGUAAGCAAUUCGACGGAGUUAUUAAAAUGUGUGCCAGGUUGCGACAAAGAAGAACAAAAUAAAUCGUUCGUGAAAGCAUUGGGUAUUCCGUGGAAACCUGAAACCGAUGAGUUCAUUUUUCAAAUCACUGUUAAUUUGAAAUCAAAACCAGAAACGAAGCGACAAUUGUCCUCUGAAAUCGCGUCAUUGCAAUAUGAUCCUCUUGGAUGGAUCGCUCCGGUCAUUGUCAAAGCAAAAAUAUUGUUUCAAGAUGUGUGGCAAUUAAAAAAGGAAAAUAAAAAAUCGUAUGAUUGGGAUGACAAAUUGCCAAUCGAAAUCAUCGACCGUUGGAUGUUGUUUAAAUCACGAUUGAGUGCAUUGAGCUCAAUAAAAAUGCAGCGGUGGCUUGGUACUACAGUAAAUACAAAAGUAGAGGUGCACGGUUUCUGCGACGCUUGUAAAAAAGCACUCUCUGCGAAUGUAUAUUUACGAUUUGUAAACGAAAAUCAACAAGUAAACGUAAUGCUAGUAGCAGCAAAAACGAAAAAUGCUCCAAUGAUUGAACAAACAAUUCCGAAAUUGGAGUUAUGUGCAACCGUUUUGCUGGUAAAAUUGGUGAAAUCCGUACGAAAAGCAAUGAGCAUGAACAUUGAAAAAACUGUUCUUUAUAGCGAUUCAAAGGUCGCAUUGGCGUGGAUUUGUUCAGAUCCACUACGAUAUAAAAAAUUUGUCGCGUCAAGAAUAAAAGAGGUGAACAAGUUAAAAGAUGCACAAUGGUGCCACAUCCCGGGCGCAAUAAACCCAGCAGAUUGCGCAUCGCGUGGGAUUUUUGGUGAUGAAUUAGUCGAUCAUCCGUUGUGGUGGCACGGGCCACAUUUUUUAAAUGGAAAAAUGAACUAUGAUGUUCAAUCGGAAGGCAAUAUCGAAGCAAUUAACGAAGAAAAAAUUCAUGCAUUAGUGGUGACGAGUGAAGAAAAAAUGAAAAAAAAGUUAUUUGUUGACGAUUCAAAAAUCAUUUGGCCUAACAUAUCGUCAUGGAAAAAAAUGCAAAGAGUGUUUGCAUAUAUCAUUCGUUUUGUUGACUAUUUAAAAGCAAAAGUGGCACUGAAAAAAGGCAUCAAAUGCCAAAACGUAGAAAUAAAAGUCGAAAACAAAGGUGCUCCGAUUACUGCGAAUGAAAUAGAAAAAGCAACGAAUUUUAUCAUUCGUAUAGCGCAAAGUGAAUAUUACGAAUGUGAAGUGAAUGACCUGGAAAAAUGCAAAGAAAUCGAAAAAACCAGUGAGUUAUUAAAAUUGAACGUAUUCAUCGACGAAAAACGCAUAUUACGCGUCGGCGGCAGAAUCACCAACGAAGACAUUCCAUUCGAAAUGCGUCAUCCGAUUCUAAUUCCAAAAAAAAGUGAAAUUGCAAAAUUAAUAAUUCGUGAUGUGCAUGAAACAAACUUUCAUACUGGUCCCAAAUUAACAGAAGCGUUGAUUCGAAAGAAGUUUUGGAUCACCAAUGGGCAAACGACGAUCAAAAAGCAGCUCAAAAACUGCGUCAUUUGCAGGAAAUUUCGCCCGAAAACAGCUCAUCAAAUGAUGGCGAAUCGAUUGUUACACGAGUUAACAAUCAUCGAAAAAGAGGAGUUCAACGAUGAGGUAGCAAAUGAGCUCACGACACAAGGCAUCAUGUGGAAGUUUUCACCACCAGCGGCACCUCAUUUCAACGGCCUUGUAGAGGCUGGCGUAAAAACAAUAAAAACGCAUUUGAAAAGGGCAUUGGGUGAGCAAAAAUUCACUUUCGAAGAGCUAUCAACAUUACUGGCUCAAAUCGAAGCAGCGGCAAAUUCAAGACCACUCACACCUAUGUCUUGCGACACAAACGACAGCACGAUACUAACACCAGCGCAUUUUUUGCUAAAUUCAUAUCCAGUAGCAAUUGCAAACGAAAAUUUUGAUGAGACUGAAUAUCUGCACACAAUUCAACAAAGAGCAAAAUGGCACACGCCAAACGACGCAAUAAAAAAAGACGACUUAGUGCUGAUAAGUGACUCAGCACCUGUGGGCAAAUGGCCCAUGGGCAGAGUGUUAGAGGUUCAUCAAGGACAAGAUGGACUCACGCGAGUGGCCACCGUUAAAACGGCCAACAACACGUUAAAACGGCCAAUAACCAAAUUGGCACCAUUACCAAUCGACCGUAGCAGUCAAACAUCGACAACGUCCAUCAGCGAAGAAAAAGAAAAAAAUGAAAAAAUCAAAACAAAAACCGUUAACCAAACUUUGAUUUCGCUGCUAGUGAUCGUUGCAUUAGCCACAAUGACAAAAAAUGGAGUAAACGCGGCUCCAAUUGGAUCAACUGUGGAGCGCGUACGGAGAAGCCCUGAUUUUUGGCUGGCUGGGCAUUAUUACGACAAGCUAGCAACCGAAGACAUAGCCAUCCAUAAAACCAUCGCCGAGCUGAAAACCAGCAGC